GAUUCACAGGAGAAGCGCUCUGACCGCUCCAUCACGUGUUUCAUGAGGAAGUGGAAGGAGAAAGUGGCCUGGCCUCGCAUCACCAAAGAGAACAUCAAGCCCGCCUGGCUCUUCGUGGACUUUGACAACUGGCGAGACUGGGAAGGGGACGAGGAGGUGGAGAGGGCCAUGGUGGAGCAGUAUGCGGAG